ACCGGGCAACUCUCAAAACAAAACUGCUUGUAAGAAAAACCCUUCAAUCAAACAAACAACGAGAUAAAAAAAUCUAGUGAGGAAAAAUAAACAUGUCUUCCAAAAAUUGACGAUCUUUUUGUUCAUAAUCAUAGGGGAGAUGAAGCUGGGUCACUUCUUCAUUUUAGUAUUUCUGGUCCUCUUCAAUCUUCUUCCCCAAUCCCUCUCUGAAAAACCAAAUGGGGUCUGUAUUUCUCCUGGAGGUCGUUUCCACCCAUUCUCAUCAGAAGGGAAACCACCUAGAGGCAUUAGAGACUUGACCCUCUGCAGGAUGUUCCGAAGAAAUACCUGCUGUGAUGUGUCACACACACAUUCUGCUUUUCUCUCUGUACGGAAGUUGAUAUCAACAGGGGAAGCUAACCAAGAGUGUUUGCACUUGUGGGAGGUACUGGAAUGCUCGCUUUGUGAUCCAGGUGUUGGUGUUAAGCCAGGUCCUCCUUUGAUUUGUGCUUCGUUUUGUGACAAACUGUUCCAAGCUUGUUCUGAUGCAUAUUUCGCUGUGGAUGGUAUAACACAGGUACUCGCACCCUGUGGAGUAGGCGACUUUGUAUGUGGUAGAGCCUCUGAGAUGUCUAAUGGUACAGAAUUUUGCCGUGCAGCAGGUUUUUCUGUUAAACCAUUCAGAGAUUCAGGCCUUACCAUUGAGGAAACAUCUUGCUACGGUGGGAAAGCAAGUCUAGACUCCAUUGCAGAGUCAUGGAACAGGCCACAAACUAGCAACUUCCAAAAAGAUAGUCACUAUGGAUCCCUCGAAGAUUUCAAGCAGUGGGUGACAGAAAUGCCGUUUGCUGAACGGGUUUCUUGGGCGGUGGGUGGGUUGGUGCUUACUGCUGGACUCUUUUUUAUGAGUAAGAGGAAGAGCUACAGCCAACAACAGAAGCAUGCUGCGAUAAUACGUGCUGCUAGGAUUAGGCACUUGGAGUCCAAAGCAGGUCAAACACCAUCCACCACUCAGGGUAGUAGGAAGACUGCUUCAAAAUAGGAUAUAAGUUAUAACCCUCCUAGAUCUUAACCUCCGUUUCUCCUUUGUAAAAAAAAUAUGUAGUAUUGUUGAUUUGCAUUCAUUCUUGUAAUCCUCAGUUUUGUUCCAUUCUCUUUUGGCUUGUGUGGUUCAGAACAUGAAUUCAUCAUGUGAACUUUUUUGGGGAGAACUUAAUGUUUGAAGUCAGAUCAGAUACAGAAAAAAUUUCUUGA